UCCACCAUGUGUGCGCUGUUCCCUUUGCGUGAUGACCCGGAAGUAUUCACGUUGCGAGGAACGAUUUCCGGCGACUUCGUCGUUCGACUUUCCUAGUCACGUUAUGUUUAUGUCGUUUUCACCCACAUUUUUCCGAAUGGUUUGACGAUUGACUUUCGCGUCGCCGUGGCUAAUUUGGAGUGUGACCUUUUGAUCGUGGUUGCAGUUCCGUGUUGACUUCCCACCGAAAGCGAUGUCGCUGUUGCAACGUUGCACGUUGACGGCGCUCACCACCUUCUUUCAAGCAUCCCAGCGGGCCUGCUGGUGGACACGCCCCCUCCUGACCCGGCCCAUGGCCACCCUCAACCAGAUGCACCGGCUGGGCAAACCCAAGGUGGCCCCGAAGGCCUUGGGCCCCACCUUCGGGAAGCCGCAGAUGAAGGCGGUCAUCCUGAAGACCAUGAUCCGCAAGCCCAAGAAGCCCAACUCGGCCAACAGGAAGUGCGCCCGCGUGCGCCUCGCCAACGGCAAGGAGGCGGUGGUGUUCAUCCCCGGCGAGGGCCACAACCUCCAGGAGCACAACGUGGUUCUGGUGGAGGGCGGCCGCACGCAGGACCUGCCCGGCGUCAAGCUCACCGUCGUCAGGGGAAAAUACGACUGCGCGCACGUGGUCAAGAAGAAACAGUGAACGCGGAGUAACGCUCGACUCGGCGGCCAUCAAAGUCGUCGACGACUAUUUUGUUCGUCGAUUCAUCGUUUGGACACCUGCUGUCGGUGAAAUGUGUCCAAAAUCCUGCCACGGAAGCUCAAUUUGUGUUUGUCACGCGAAAUAAACACGACUGCGUUUUGAGGACUUGA